UUUGAGAGGGCAGCAAGGGAAGCCAUCAACAAGAUGAUGCAGUCUGGGGUUCCUUCGUGCUCGGUUUGCGGUGAGCAGAUCGGAUUGGCAUCAAAUGGUGAAGUCUUUGUGGCUUGCCAUGACUGCAACUACCCUCUCUGCAAGUCUUGCGUGGAGUAUGAGCUGAAGGAAGGCCGCAACGCCUGCAUGCGUUGUGGCACUCCUUAUGAUGAGAACUCUGCAAUGGCGGAUGGAGAAAGAGAGGAAUCAGGCAACCAUACUACCAUGGCUGCUCAGCUCAAUAACAGUCAAGAUCUUGGACUUCAUGCUAGAAACAUUAGCAGUGUUUCUACUAUGGACAGUGAAUACAAUGGUGAAUCGGGGAACCCGAUAUGGAAGAACAGAGUGGAGAGCUGGAAAGAGAAGAAAAACAAGAAGAAAAAGCCAGAAAAGAAGGCUGCAAAAGAAGAAGAAAUCCCAGCAGAGCAGCAGAUGGAAGAAAAGCCACAGUCUGCAGAUUCUGCAGAGACACUUUCAUCAGUGAUUCCAAUUCCAAAGUCCCAAAUCGGGCCAUACAGAACUAUCAUCAUUAUGCGCCUCGUAAUCCUUUCCCUCUUCAUCCACUAUAGAGUCACAAAUCCAGUUGACAGUGCUUAUCCUCUGUGGCUUACUUCUGUCAUCUGCGAGAUCUGGUUCGCGUUUUCUUGGGUGUUGGAUCAGUUCCCUAAAUGGGCUCCCAUCAACCGCGAGACAUACGUUGACAGGCUCUCUGCUUGGUUCGAGAGAGAGGGCGAGCCCAACGCGCUGGCUCCUGUGGAUUUCUUUGUCAGUACGGUGGAUCCCAUGAAAGAACCGCCUCUGAUCACUGCCAACACUGUUCUGUCAAUUCUUGCUGUCGAUUAUCCUGUCGAAAAGGUCUCGUGCUACGUCUCUGAUGAUGGUGCUGCCAUGCUGACAUUCGAGUCUCUGGCCGAAACUGCUGAAUUCGCAAGGAAAUGGGUGCCGUUCUGUAAAAAGUUUGCGAUUGAGCCACGGGCACCCGAGUUCUACUUCUCCCAGAAGAUUGAUUACCUAAAGGACAAAGUGCAGCCUUCUUUUGUCAAGGAAAGAAGAGCAAUUAAGAGAGAAUAUGAAGAGUAUAAAGUGAGGAUAAAUGCUUUAGUUGCCAAGGCUCAAAAAACACCAGAAGAUGGUUGGACCAUGGCAGAUGGAACAUCAUGGCCAGGAAAUAAUACAAGGGACCACCCUGGCAUGAUUCAGGUUUUCUUAGGAAACACUGGUGCCCAUGACAUAGAUGGAAAUGAACUCCCUAGGCUGGUUUAUGUAUCCAGAGAGAAGAGGCCAGGAUAUCAACACCACAAAAAGGCUGGUGCAGAAAAUGCUCUGGUGAGGGUAUCUGCAAUUCUUACAAAUGCACCCUACAUUCUCAAUCUUGAUUGUGAUCACUACGUUAACAACAGCAAGGCCAUCCGGGAAGCAAUGUGUUUCCUGAUGGAUCCACAAGUCGGGCGAGAUGUAUGCUAUGUGCAGUUCCCUCAGAGAUUUGAUGGCAUCGACAAGAGCGACAGAUAUGCCAACAGGAAUGUCGUGUUCUUCGAUGUUAACAUGAAAGGAUUGGAUGGCAUCCAAGGACCGGUUUAUGUGGGAACUGGAUGUGUUUUCAACAGACAAGCGCUUUAUGGUUAUAGCCCUCCAAACAUGCCCAGAUUAUCCAAAUCUUCAUCGUCUUGUUCGUUUGGAAGCUGCUGCUGCUGCUGCCGAGGCAAGAAGCCAGCGAAAGAGAAGGAUCCCUCAGAGCUUUACCGCGAUGCCAAGAGGGAAGAUCUCAAUGCUGCCAUCUUUAAUCUAAAGGAAAUUGAGAGUUAUGAUGAGUAUGAGAGGUCAUUACUCAUCUCUCAGAUGAGCUUUGAGAAAACCUUCGGCAUAUCUUCCGUCUUCAUUGAGUCCACAUUAAUGGAGAAUGGGGGAGUGCCUGAUUCUGCAGAUCCUUCUACACUCAUCAACGAAGCAAUUCAUGUCAUCAGCUGUGGAUAUGAAGAAAAGACUGCAUGGGGUAAAGAGAUUGGGUGGAUAUAUGGAUCAGUGACUGAGGAUAUCUUGUCGGGGUUCAAGAUGCAUUGCCGGGGAUGGAGAUCAAUUUACUGCAUGCCAGUAAGGCCUGCAUUCAAGGGAUCAGCACCAAUCAACUUGUCCGACAGGUUGCACCAGGUUCUUCGAUGGGCUCUAGGAUCUGUCGAGAUUUUCUUCAGCAGACAUUGUCCUCUCUGGUAUGGAUUUGGCGGCGGCCGCCUUAAAUGGCUUCAAAGGCUCGCCUAUAUCAACACCAUUGUCUACCCUUUCACCUCCAUUCCCCUCGUUGCAUACUGCUCUUUGCCUGCCAUUUGCCUCCUCACCGGAAAAUUCAUCAUCCCAACGCUAUCGAACCUUGCAAGUGCUCUGUUUCUUGGGCUGUUUAUGGCCAUCAUCGUGACAGGAGUACUGGAGUUGCGGUGGAGCGGCGUGAGCAUAGAGGACUGGUGGCGUAACGAGCAGUUUUGGGUGAUCGGCGGCGUUUCAGCUCAUCUCUUCGCCGUCUUCCAAGGAAUCCUCAAAAUGAUUGCGGGGAUAGACACCAACUUCACCGUCACGGCGAAAGCGGCAGACGACGGAGAGUUCGGGGAGCUCUACCUCUUCAAGUGGACCACAGUCCUAAUCCCUCCGACCACCAUUCUCAUCGUCAACUUGGUCGGAGUUAUCGCCGGCUUCUCCGACGCCCUCAACAGCGGCUACGAGUCCUGGGGGCCAUUGUUCGGCAAAGUUUUCUUCUCGUUAUGGGUCAUCUUCCAUCUCUACCCAUUCUUGAAAGGUCUCAUGGGUCGCCAGAAUCGCACCCCCACCAUUGUUGUGCUUUGGUCGGUGCUGUUGGCGUCGGUUUUCUCGCUCAUCUGGGUCAAGAUCAAUCCGUUUGUUGCCAAGAAUGACCCUUCAACCUUGGCUCAGAACUGCAUUUCCAUUGACUGUAGUUGAGCUUAGCUUCCAUGCAUGGCCGCUGCAGAAGAAGAAGAAGUUAUAUAUAUCAUGGUUUUGUGCUGGGACGACAGCCUUAAUUAGAUCUUCAUGCUCUGCUCUCAAUUUUUCUACUUGCUGUUUUUGUGUUUGAUUAGCAUAAAACCACCAAGAAUUGUGUUGACAAUGCAAAUGUUUCUUAUUUGCUUUUGAGUUUGAUGGAAUUUAAUGUACAAAAUACAAAGGGAAAUGAGAAAAUUUUGUAAAAAAGAAAAAAAAAAAAUAGAAUUAUACUUGAUUUAUAAAAGUGAAAUAAUUGCUUUUCAA